AUGUGGUGCCAGUGUUGUUUGUGGUGGCUGGAUCACCUCAGCGUCCGCAGGUGCAUCACGCCUCUCUUUGUUUUAAACGAAAUAAAAACUGCCUAUUUCUUCUUGGGGAAAAAAUGUGAGCGUCCUCGUUUGUCCCCAUCCAUCUGCUCACACGUGCAUACACAUGGUGUGGCAUCUUCCCCUUUGCUUGUUUCUUGCACUUUCGAAGGGUGUGUGAUGGUGUACAUUCUUGCCCAUGAUGUGGUACUUUGCCUCUUGUUAGACCGGCACGGAGACCCUACCGCUGUUCAGUCAUUUGUUCAAAACAAGUGGGAUUCACUAAGGGAAACUCAGCUACCGUCAACAAUGUCGCUUGUGUGUUGGUUAUGGCACUCCCUGAAGGCGAAGAGAGGACAACAAAGCGGUGAGAUAGAUGAAGAUGAGGUUGGAGACGGCAUAAGGGUCGCAACUGUCCCAGGAGGCAACAGUCCUAUAGAAACACCAUACAGGGCAAGAAAUGCAGUAGAACCCAGUCAUGCCGAGUUCGUCGAAUCUCCCACGCUCGCAACUUCUACCAGCGACUGUUAUCCCGAAAGCACACCACUUACGAGUAGGGUAGCAAAAAUCACCGUAAAGCAAGUGCUCCAAUGGGUUAAGAAGGCCCGUCCAACGUCUGACGGUCAUGAGUUUCACUUCGCUGGCGAGGCCGAUGAGCCCAGUAACCACACUUCAAGGGAAAGGAAUGUAACUACUCGCUGCAGAACGGCAGAGGACUUGUGGGUUCUAACACGGUUGGUAGCGCUUGUGCGCCACGCUGUUGCUACCCUGAUGAGGCAACUCCUCCCUUUGUCCUGUCAAACCAACGGUCAACGAUGCGAUCAAGCAGAGGAGGAAGAAAUUGAAGAAGAUGAUCAUAGUCGGUUCACGGAUUUUCCGCAUGAAUGUGUAGUACUUGUGCCCCUUCAUGUGUGCCGUUCUAUCCGCGGCCUCUCGCUACGCCAAGUCAUUGCAAUCUGCACUCAAAAGCAGACAGUCCUGUCGGAGUGGAGCAAGUCCCGACGCUCCGUUUCUUUCAUCAUUAACCCGGCGUUACCGCCAACUAAUAACCCUCACCGAGCAGAGAAGAAUAAACGUCUUGACAGGAUACAACAAGCGGUGUUUGCUCAGUACUAUGAGAGCAUGGCGCACUCCAGCAACAGGCGGGCCAACGGUGCGUUCAACCCAGUCAUUCCUCUUCAUCAAGAUGAGGCACAGGGACUACAGAACCGGAAACAGGAGGAGUCCUUUUCUAGCUUCCUCCGCGGUGCUUCCAUUGGGUUUGAUAUGCAAUUGAUGGCUCUCUCUGGGGGGGCUGUUGGGUAUUAUUUGGGCUAUGUGCGAGGACGUCCUGCGAAUGAUUGCAUCGUAUACGCCACAGUUGGUUUGGUUUUGAUGCUUCUCGUGGAUGCCUUGCUUUUAAUACUUAUGCUGCGGCGGCAGGAUGAAAGUCUACGGCGAGAAAGACAAAACCGCUGGAAAUGGCUCCAACCAAUAGGUAGAGACGAAAAGAAAAGUCAAAGAGGGGAAGACUAUCAUGCGGAGGGAAGAGGCAGCGUCGUUGCCGCAGCGCUAAAUGCUAAGAAAAAUGCGUAG